ACGCCCAAAAGUUCGAUGAAGAGGAAGAUGCGAGCAGCUCGCAGCUCGCUGUGUGACUUUUCGUUCACUGUAUAUGAAGUAAUGGAUGACUCGUUUUUUACCGCGAGGCUUUUAGCUUGGACUACUUUCAUCCUGAGCACACAUGUAGAAGCUCACCAGGUGAUUGGAGGAAACGUGACCGUGGUGGAAGGAGGGACGAGCAUCUUGCCGUGUAAACUCAUCAACGAUAAGGACUCCCUCACCCAGAUGGCAUGGAGGAAGGAACCUGAGGAGGACAAUUUAAUUUCGAUUAAACCCAUUACUGGAAUGAAAUUCGUCAACGGAGUGGAUAAACGAUUUGAAUUUUUUGGGGACGUUAGCGACUACAACGGAUCUCUACGGUUUUCCAACAUCACUUUGAGAGAUGAAGGCACCUACACGUGCAUCUUCACUUUGUUCCCCAUCGGAAAUGUCCAGACGAAGAUACUUCUAAACGUGCUUGUGCCUCCGCUCACAAGCCUUGAGGAUAAUCGUCCUAUUUUGGGUGAAGGAGAAGUUCCCCUCGUUACAUGCAAGGCAGCUGGUUCCAAACCUGCUGCAGAGGUGCGUUGGCUCAAAGGUACUUUGGCAGAAAAAGUGACGGAAAGAACUCACGUCACCCGUCAUGACGACGGUACGACAACCACAGUCAGCUUGCUGUCUGGAGCGCCGAGCAGAGAAAUCCACGGUCACUUGGUCGAGUGUAUCGUCACUAAUGCAGCCCUGUCAAAAGAGGAGAGGCUGCCUUUCAACAUACAGAUCUACUUCCCACCCACUGAAGUGAACAUCAGCAUGAAAUCGGAGGAUGCAUUUGAAUGUGAGACUGAAGCCAACCCACAUGCACAAUUUACCUGGAGCAGAUCCGACCGUUCUGGGCUUCAGUCUGCUGUCAGAGUAGAAGGUGCAACGCUACGGUUUCUGAGCAUGACCUCUGACCUGAAUGGCCUCUACCAGUGUGAAGCAUCCAACCUGUAUGGAAAAAAACACAGCUACAUCUAUGUGCAUGUGACUUCUGAAGUCUGCCGUACCUCAUUUGGGAUUUUGAUCAUCAUCAUGAUUCUCAUUGGAGUCGCUGCUCUGUGUUACAAGAUGUGGAAAUUUCGAAUGGACAGGACAAGAGAGGACUUGUGUGCAGAGACGAGGACGGUCCAAGUAUUACAGCCACUGGUAGAAUAAAAAUGUGAAUUUGGGAUCUUUUUUAUGACCUUCAAAUUAUAACAUUUAUUAUUACCAACCACCUAGUGGGUCGUCUGCAUAACUUACUUAAGUAAGACUACUCAUUCCAUCACUCACUGUGAAUAAACUCUCAUCACAAUACUGUGUUCAACUUUGAACUUCAGAAAAAACAGAGGGCCGCAGGCCGGCACAGCCAGUGGAACCAACAACAAGCGGCGGAGUCAGUACACAGAGAGGCUCAAUUCAAUCUAUGGGCUCCACUGAGCUGACGACACAUUUCAAUGAGCGUUAAACAAGAGACAAGAAACCAAGAGCUUCAGAGGACGUCAAUCACACCGAUUCCUUUGUGCGUUAUUACAUUAAAACCAGCAGGUCACUUCAAGGA